UGGCCUCUUUCACGCCGCGUAAUGGAAAUAGCAGGAUAACGGUAUUCCAGCGGCUUUUUGCUCCUAGUGGCCGCGGCACCGAGAAAAAAAAAACGGGUCAGCCGUGAGCACGUGUUUUUGAACUAAGUUAGUCAUCUGUCUGAUCAGAUCGGCGGAAUGGUGUUUUUGAGAUGUCACCGGAGCAAGUAUAUAUGGGCCACUCUGGGUGUGUUGGCGUUUUUGUGGCUCUACAUCUUCCCCGUGUACAGGAUACCCAGCGAUAAGGAAAUGGUGGAUGAGGUUCUGCGGCAGGGACAAAUCUGGACCAGAAACCAAACCGGAGUAGAUCUUUACAGGAAGCUGCUGACAGAAUGCUGUGACCCAAAGAGGAUGUUUGCAGUUACUAAGGAGAACUCGCCAAUAGGCAAAGUCUUGUGGUACGAUGGGGAGAUCUACCAUUAUCACACAGUCAACAAUGAAACCUACCCGUUCUUUGUUCAGGAUACACCAUUGCAGCUUCCUCUGAAGAAGUGUUCGGUUGUGGGCAAUGGAGGGGUCCUGAAACACAGUGGCUGUGGAAAAGAAAUUGACCAAGCUGACUUUAUCAUGAGAUGUAACCUUCCUCCUCUGUCCAAAGAGUACACCACUGAUGUUGGUACCAGAACACACCUGGUGAGCGCGAAUCCUAGCAUUAUUGAAAAGAACUUUCAGAACCUACUAUGGUCCCGCAAAUCCUUCGUAGAAAGUAUGAAGGCAUUUGGUUCCAGCUACAUCUACAUACCAGCGUUCUCCAUGAAGCCUGGCACUGACCCCUCCCUGCGGGCAUACCACACCCUUGCAGACUCCGCCUCCAGCCAGACCGUCCUGUUUGCCAACCCGGACUUCCUGAAAAACGUUGGUCGAUUCUGGAAGAACCAUGGCGUCCAUGGCAAACGGCUGUCCACAGGGCUGUUCCUGGUGAGCCUUGCCCUUGGCUUGUGUGAAGAGGUAACCACUUACGGUUUCUGGCCGUUUUCGGUGGGGCUGGAUGAGAGACCGGUUAGCCACCACUAUUAUGACAACAUUCUCCCAUCCUCAAGAUUUCACACCAUGCCUGAGGAGUUCCUGCAACUCUGGCACUUGCACAAGAGCGGCACGCUGCGUAUGCGGGUUGGUGAUUGUGCAAAAGAAGGACAGGAGCCUAAGAGGGAAAAAUAAGUGGAAGUGUUGCCAGGGGCAACUCCGUAUAUCCCCAAAGGAACAGGAUGGCCAGGACGGCGAUUAGCAUGUGAAUACAGUGGGCUGUGAAGUGGUGUCCCACCCCCAAAGCUGGGCCUCUUUUUGGUGUCUAUAUGCUUGAACCUCAACUGCUACCAACACACCCCACCCUCUUGUUACCAAGGGACUGUUGUAAAGACUUGCAUGUGUACCCAUCCUCAUGUAUGCACUCACUGGAAGCUUGUUGUGUCCGUCUGUAGAAGUGCCGAGGUGAUGAGGGGCUCAGGUGUCAUGUGACCUAUUUAAACUGCAUCCACCAGCAGUUGGACCCUUGAAUCUAAGGACUCUUUGUUCACUUAAUAUAAAGACAGAUUGGGGGAGGGGCUGCUUCAAACAAUGUCUUAAGAACUUUAAAUGGGAACUUGGAAAUUGGGAGCAAUGCUUUGAUCGUUUGGCAUUUUUUGUUUUGUUUAGUCUUGAACACUGAUUCUUUUAGAGUUUUGAGGAAAUGGAAUAAGGAAUAAUGUGAAAAUCUUUCUCGCAGUGUUCACAUAUACACAAAUCAGUGUAAAACUACAGGUUUAGCCUGGAAAAGGGAAGGCAUUGAAUGUACAGCCACAUUUUAAACACCCGUUUCAAAAAUUUGAGACUGCUUUAAAAUGACGGCUGCAGUUCAUGUAUUAUUGUGAAUAUAUUUCUAGUUUUAUUUAUUUUUAACAUUCAGUGAAGUAGGACAUUUACUGAGAACCACCUUGUCAGUCUAGAUCAGUCAUGAAACUCAUUUCUUACAUGACCAUAGUGUUUUGUCAGUUUGGACUGGGAAGUCAUGGGUUGAGAGACUACAUCCAGUUGGAAGACUUCCACAAAAUGGAUGGAGGCCUAAAUUCUGUAGAAGAGUGAGUGAAUUGUUUGUGUACCGAUGGAAAAAGUGCGAUUGAGUUCAUGGUGACACCUGUGGCGGCAUCUUUAAGUAUAAUAUGUAUGUGUUUGAAUUCAGUCAUUUGAUGUUAUGCAGUGGUGUAAUAAGCCCUCGUCACAUGGUCGAAGGGGCACCAAUCAUACGAUAAAUGUUUUUUUGACUGCUAAGGUGCUGGACACCUAGUCCAGAACGUGUAAAUAAUCAAUCACCAGUUUCGUUACGAUUUCCACAAGAAUCAUGGGUUCUCUGAAUGUAAUGGCAGCCAUUUUGGUAGUCUGCCCAGAAACUUGAUUCCUUGACUUGUUUUUUUUUUUUCGUUAAACAGGGAAUUAAAUUUAAAUUUGUAGGUGCUAGCUGUAACACAUGCACUCCAGCUUAGUCUUGAUAUAUCAUCAGUGCAAUAGGUAUGACUGGUAGGAGAAUGCACUAUUAUGUUGAUAUAAAGCCAGAAACCUAAGUAUUUAUAGGGUUAGUUCACCCAAGAAUUACAAUUGUCAUCAACUACUUACCCCAUGUCAUCCCAAAUAAGAAUUUCUUUCAUCUUCUAAACACAAAUUAAAAUAUUUUUCAUGAAACUGGAGAGUUUUGAGCUCCAUUGAAAGCCUACAUUUUCAUGCUUCAAAAAACAAAAAGAUAUAAGACAUUGUAAAAGCAAUCAAGCGGUUUAAUCCAAGCCUCAUGAAGAGGCAUAAAGAUUGAAGUUAUACAUAAAGAUUGAUCAACGCACACGUGUGCAUGUGAGCAUCUCGAAAUAUGGUAAAUGGAAGCCCAACUGUUCUUUUCUUGAUGCCCAAGAACAAACCUCAUUGGUUUUCAUUUGCACUUUCUGAAACGUCAAAGUUUUGGUGUGAUGGACUUUCAAUGGAGGGACAGAAAUCUCUCAGAUUUGUCUUGUGGGUUUGGAAUGACAUGAGGGUGAGUAAAUGACAGAAUUUUCAUUUUUAGAUGAACUAUCCCUUUAAUGGGAGAACAGAGUUGCCUUUAAAUGUGUCUGCCAUUUAAAGCAGGUGUGUUAGCAUUCAGGUAGCUAGCUAUAAGACAGCUUGACUAACUUGCUUUGCGAGAUUCUCUUAAAACUGUUGUUCCACUAUCUAAUUCUACAUUCAGUUUACACUUUCAUUUCCACUACAUGAAAAAAAACUGAAUGUAGCAUAAUAUUACCCGUGACAACACUGAGAAUGUGUACUUGAAACUGACUGAAAUGAGUUCUGACAGAUUUUUAGCUAGAAGUUGUUGUGUAUACAUACAUGCUGUUUGUGCAUUAAUAUUGACAAGCUCUACAGUGAGCAUAACCGGGUCACAUUUCACCCCAAUCAAAAGAAAAAUGGCAAUUAAGCACAUUUCCCCUCCAUGUUC